UUUUAAAAGUCAGGUUAUUUUCGAUGAUUUUUUUUUAUAACAUGGAAAAAUGAACGAUGUUAUAAUUAAAGACAACAAUGAAGAUGACGAAGCCUGGUUAUAUGGAGACUCUAAAGAAACUGAGGAAAUUGAUAAGAAUAAUGAAAACUUAUUGAAACCUGAUUCACCUACUAUAAUUGCAAAUGAAAAUUUGGAAGACACAUCUGACAUACCAUACAUUACCAGUGAGGAUAGUGGGAAUUUGAUCAGGAACGGGUUUGAUCAAAAUGCAGCACUUGAAGUGACAAAUAUAGAGCUUGUAGAAAUUCAGUACGCUCAGAACAACGAUGGUCAACAUGGUGGUCUCGAAAAUGGUUUUGGACCAGUAGAUCAUACAGACAAAGGCUUGAAUGGAGGUGGAGAAGGAAUGGAGGAAGAAGAGGAAGAAGACGACGUUCAAGUCACUAUAAGGGAUAUCAAAGCAAAUCCUACUCAAUACAAUUAUCCAUUCAAGGGAAUGCCAUUCAACAAAUCCUUAAGUCAAUUGCCAGGCGCUAAAUUUAGCAAAGUAGGCACGCUUGAUUUGGAGGAAAUAGGCAAGUUCAAUAAUAUCCCGAUAUACGAUGUAAAUUUGGAAGAGCUCGAGGACAAGCCAUGGAGAAAACCGGGGGCCGACAUUACCGAUUACUUCAAUUAUGGCUUUACAGAAGAAACCUGGAAACUUUAUAGUGAAAAACAAAAAAAUAUGCGAACAGAAAAUGACGCUUUCGAAAAAAUUAGACACAUGAUACCCGGCGAAUUUAUGAAACCUUUCCUCAUUCCCGUUCAGAUGCCUAUGGUUAAUCAACCGCCGGGUGAAAUUUCGAACGAGAUUAAGUCAGAAAAAACGGAUCUCAAUGCUUCGACCUAUGAUGCAGCCAUUAGUAAUGAUCACGGUGGGCUCACAACGAUAGCCCCCGAACAUGCCAAAGAAACGGAACAUCGCUUCCCUCCCCCGCAUCAACUGACUGGUACUCCAUUGUAUCAAAAACAUGGUGGCCCUCAAAUGUCUUUACCCCCCGUGAGUUUUGACCCUACGGUACCACCUCCAUCUCUACCACCUAUAUCGAUAUCUUCCUUACCUCCAUCCAUCAUACCACAUAUGAAUAUCCCACCACCCGGUUAUCCACCUCCAGCCUUUUUGCAACCUGAUGGUCACUUCAUUCCACCACCGCAUCACCUACUUUCCUCGGUCCCACCGCAGUACAUGGGUCUUCCCCCGCCUUCGGUGCACCAUCCUCUCGCUGGUUUAGCACCUCGUUCUCACCAUCCAUCACAUCACGCUCCUUAUUACGACCACUUAAAUUCGCACAUCAGGCCCCCUCGUUCUUACCGCCCUGCCAGGCGUUAUUAUUAUGGUGAGGAGGAUGAAUAUAAAGAGGAACGGGAAGCUUUCAAAAGGAACUUCCGACGGGAUAGGGAAUACGAGGAAGAACAAAGGAGGAAGUACAGCAAGAGACGGACUAGGAAAGAGGAUGAAAAUGAGGAAGGGGGUGGCGAAAAUUCUGACGACCCCAAUGUUAAUGCGAAGGAAGGUAGGGAAGAAAAAGCUCGAAAAACGGGAAAGGCUGGAUCUAAGCAAGGAGAAGAAAGCGAAGAGGAACAAGACAGAAGACCCGAAGAAGAAGAUGUCGAAGACGCCGAAGAAGUAAUGGGCAAAAGGGAAGAGGAACCGCCAAAGAAACCCCAAAAGACUCGUCGAAAGGCUGCCACCGAAAAAGAUGCCGCUGAAGAUGACCUAGAAAAAUCUGGAAGCGAGAUUAGCGCCGCCGAUAAUGAUGACGCCCUCUCUAAGAGCAAAGCUACACCCAAAAGGUCCACGAGGGCCGACGAACAAUAUUCGGAAGUCAGCAGCAAGGAGAGAUCGGAAAAAAGGCACAGAGACCGAAGCGAGGUGGAAAGGGAGCCCAUUCACCGCCACAACUCUCACUAUUAUUACGGACCUCCGGCUCAUCAACCUACUCAAUACAGCUCUUAUAGGAGGGCGGGCGAUUAUUUUAAACACAGCAAUGCUCCAUACUACGAUCACUCUUACCCACCCCCAGAACCUCCACAAAUGGUGCACUCUGGUCAACCAUAUCCAUACGAUUCUUAUCAGUAUAACAAGCCGAUAGUUGUAACCAGGAAUACCAAGGAAAUUAUCCCUUCAAGGCGUACUAGAGACGAUAGUAGACAGCGGAGAAGCAAGAGGGAAAGUCGAAGCCGGAGCCAUGGUAAGCAUAAAAAAGUUGUCUCUUCAUCUCAUCGUAGAAGUUCCAGCAAAAAAAGGAGUAAAAGGCACAAAGAAAAAUCGAGCAAAUCUAAGCGUUCCGUAUCCGAAGAUUCUGGCAAACACCACGAAAGGAAACGGGCUCGAAAGAAAGAACGAAGUGUGUCUUCCUCAUCUAAAUAUAACAAAAGGCGAAGCAAAAAAUACGAAAGCAGAAGCCGACGAGAUUAUGACGAUGAUUACGAACGCAAAUCUGGCAAAAUUAUAUCGAGCGCUCCUGACAUAGACAAGCCUCGCACUCUAUCCAAAACCAAGCUUUCCCUCGAGGAGAAAUCGGCCACAUCGAGCGGCCCCGAAUCCAAUUCGACUCACCACAAAAAAAGCGAAAAUAUUUCAUCGAACGACGCCAAAACGGCGGAAGGUAAAAAAAUGGGCAAAGGUGGUAAGAAAAAGGUUAACGAGACUAGUUCCGGUGAUGGUUCGACGACUUCUUCGGAAGAAGAAAUAAGUCAAUCGGGGUCACCUUGAAAUUAAUUAUUUGCUUUUCCUUUUUUUUGUACACCAUUGUGAAACGCCAAUAAUUUCCUAUAAUUCUUGAUAUAUAAUAUUAUAUUUUUGAAAAUGUGUAUAUUUAUGUAUUUUUCUUCUUAUGUACAUUGAAUAUUUCAAAAUGCAAGAUAUUUUUUUAUAAAGAAAAAUUACAAUAACAUUAAAUAGGAUUUAAACAUACUC